AUGCCUACUCCAGUUGCAAAGGGAAUCAUCAUUGGUGUGGCGGCGCUUGUUGCCGCGGGCAUCGCGGUCUAUGAAUCACCUCAGUUUCGACGAUGGGUGGACAAUUCGCGGCGAAAGCUGGCGAUGACGCUGCACAACCUUGGGGAUGAAGUUGAUCCCGGCGAGGCUGAAUCUCUUUAUCGACAUGAUAUAUCUAUGACGGAAGAGCUGGGUCCGGCUGCGGAAGAGCGACGGCGAAUAGCGCGGGACGAGAUCCAGCGACGACGAAGUUUCCUGGAGGAGCGCCAUAAGAAGAGAUCAAAUAGCUCACUAGGGACAUUCGAUACGCUCGUAGAUGAUAGUGGUCAUCUCCUGGAUAGCCAAGAUCAAGGUAAUUCUGCUGCAAGGUCAACUGCCGUGGAUCUUGGCACUUCGCAGCCUAUGCAACGGGGCAAACAGUCAGACCCUCCGGUCGCCGAGUCGACGGUGAUAUAUGAUGCCGAGCCAGUGGCCGAGCAAGACAAGCUUCGACUUGACAUUCCAACGCAGAGGAGCCGCGUCUCAUCCGUUACUGCAGCUGACUUUACUCCUGUUUCCGAAGUAUCAGACGGCAUGUCGGCUUCGAUCGUUUCCAGGCCAUCGGCCGAUGAACACCAGCCGAGAACAUCUUCAUCUAGCCACACAGAGGGAAGCCUCUCCGACGUAAUUUAUGCUCACCCUGAUUCGGCCGCUAGUGGACCUGCACCAGAUGCCCAGUCGCCAUUUUCAGAUCUAGAAGGCCUUCGGUUCACCCAGGACCGCGCACCGACACCACCAACACCGUCCACCGCCGACAACUUCAGUCACAUUGCGGUGGAUGCUUCGUCGGACGGUGUACUCAGUGAAUUUGAGGGCUCCCUGGGGCGAGUUGCCACUCCUGCUAGUUGGUCAGAGGUCUCGAGCGAGAUCAGCAAUGACGAGUACAACCAUCAUGGAUUUAGGUCUUGA